CGUCUAACCCGAUAUAGGUAGGUACAUACAUUCGGCACAUCAGGUGGAUAGGUACCUAGGUACCUCACUCAAGUACCUAACUGGACCAUUAUGUGUGUGUAUAUAUACCGGCCAUUCGCAUUCACGUCAGUCAAACGCGACGGGUAUAUGUACCCAACGCACGCAUCGUCCGCGAGGCUGCGCCGAAUGCUCGAGGUCUGCUCGGCCAGGUACAUGUGCCGCCCCUCUGCUGGGAGCCAAGCUAGACAGCGACGGUACCCGGUACACGCAUACGACGACCGGAUAAGCGAGCACAGGCCAACGUCAUCUUGUCGCCUCUCCAUUAUCUGCCUACCUGCCUACCUGCUCUCCACCUCCUAGGCAUACUCUCGCCCAGGCUCGUUACGAAGCAUCGAAAUCCCCCCCCAGACGAGAAGUACCUGCGUCUCUCCUACAAAGCGACAUCACGUCGUCAAGUUUCCUACCUAACCCGGACUACCACCCGUCUUUGCUCUCCCCAUCUCCGCGCCUACGUUGCUUUCCUCUGCCUGAGCAAAAGAGCCAUCCCACCUCCUUUGCCCGUCCUCGAUCGCGUACCCGCAUCGUUCGCUCGUCGCAACGUCCUACGACGUGGCCAGGCCAAGCCCAUCGAUCACCAGAAGAGAGGGGUUCGCAUCGGCAUCGUCGACAGGUAUAGCACCUCUCGGGCUCGCUAUUCCUCUAUUCUGCCAGGCUGCCCAUCAUGUUCCGCGGAACAGCAGUCAGUCCCUACGAUGAGGUGAUUGCCAGGGCAACAGACGAGAAUCUCACCUCCGAGGAUUGGGGGGCCAUCAUCGAGGUGUGCGACAAAGUGUCGAGCGAUCCGAACGGCCCCAGUCAAGCAGUCCAGAGUUUGAUCAAGCGAUUGGCGCAUCGAAAUGCCAACGUCCAGCUGUACACCCUCGAGCUCGCGAAUGCGCUCUCCCAGAACUGCGGGAAGAGCAUGUACCGCGAGCUCGCCAGCCGCGCCUUUACCGACGCCCUGCUCAAAUUGGCCAACGACCGCAAUACCCACCAGCAGGUCAAGGCCAAAAUUCUCGAGAGGAUGAAGGAGUGGUCCGACAUGUUCAGCAAAGACACCGACCUCGGAAUCAUGCACGAUGCCUACCACCGCCUUAAGCAGAGCAAUCCGACUCUGCACCCGCCCUCGGCCCCCCAGAAGACGGGUCUUACCGAUCUAGAUCGCCAGAAAGAGGAGGAGGAACUGCAAAUAGCGCUGAAGUUGUCUCUGCAGGAAGAAGAGCGGAAGAAGAAGGUUCCCGAAAGCGCGCCCUCCGCCGCCGAGCUGGGCUCGACAGCAGGCCCAAGUGGCGCCGCCGCCGCUGUCCCGACGGAAGCGGUACCGUCUCACUCGACCGGCACGACCGCCGCCACGGUUUCGCGGGUUCGCGCCCUCUACGACUUCGUCCCCUCGGAACCUGGCGAGCUUGAAUUUAAGAAGGGCGACGUCAUAGCCGUUCUCGAAUCCGUCUAUAAGGAUUGGUGGCGAGGCUCGCUAAAGGGCAGGACAGGCAUCUUCCCUCUGAACUACGUCGAGAAGCUGACCGAUCCAACCCCGGACGAGCUACAACGCGAGGCGCAGAUGGAAGCCGAGGUGUUUGCCGAGAUCAAGAACGUGGAGAAGCUGCUCACGCUACUGAGCACGUCCAAUACGUCGCCGAGAGAAGAAGACAACGAGGAGAUAUCCAAACUAUACCACCAGACGCUAGCCAUCCGGCCCAAGCUCAUCAAGUUGAUCGAGAAGUACUCACAGAAGAAGGAGGAUUUCACACAGUUGAACGAGAAGUUCAUCAAGGCUCGAAGAGACUACGAGUCACUCCUGGAGUCUUCCAUGUCCCACCCACCUCAGCCGAACUACCAUCAGUACGCGCCGAGACCGCUCCUCCCCCAGGCCUACGCAGUUCCGGGGACGUCAGGUCCCGGCCCAGGAUUUUCCCCCCAGGGACCGCCGCCGCCCAUCCAGCAAGAGCCUCAACGCUACUACACACCUGGGCCUCAGGGACCCACCCCACAAGAGCAAAAUCAAUUCCAGCCCGUGUCCCCGCCCCCAAGUUUCCAGCGGCCCGCACCAGCACCUGCCCCCUUCUACCUCCAGGGCGCCGAGGUUCCCGCCCAGGCCGGCCAGCCUCCAGCUCAACAAUAUCCUCCGAGGGACCAACCCUCCCGCAUCGCGGCGGGCAAGCAGCAGCCGACCCCUCUUCAAACCUCGUCUCCCCCGCCCCAGGCCUACCAAGCGUACUCGCAGCCGCCCGCGGCGGGACCCAGACCCCAAAGCACGUAUGGGAAUCCGCAGGAGUUGGCCACGUCUGCCUACGACUCACCCGUCGCCACUCACAACCCCGGCCGGCCUGACCCCUACUCGGCCUCGGUCUACUCUCAGGAAGAUCCCUAUGCUGCGAGCCCCACCGCCCCCGCUCCGUCUGCGCCGCCGAUGCCGGCCCCCUCGGGCCCGGCGCCGGCCGUGCCGACGCCUCUUGCGCUCGCUCCCCAUUCCCCAGUGCUGCCGCAACCCCAGUACACGGCAUACAACCCGCAGCGGCACGACUCGUACGAUGCUCCGCCCCAAGCGCCGCCACCUCAGCCGACCGGGUCAGCACCUCCGAUCCCGCAGGGGCAACCGCCCCACGUAAUGACGCCGCCCCCGCUGCAUCCCGGCGGCCCGGCAUACGACGCUCGGCAAUCGCUGCCAAGCCAAAUGGGCGGCCAUCCAGCACCCCAGCCCCAGCCGCAGUACAAGGCCUACGCGCCGCCGGGAAACGAACCGAGCGCGCCACAGGACUUUUACAGGCAGCACGCGGCGUACUAGUGCUACCGCGUGGGGACUGCGAAUGGUGGAGGCGGAAAGAGACGGAACUCGUCCGCGCGCGGGAGGUUUCGCAAGUUUAGGGUUUUGGUGAUGGCAUACAAACCGGUCAUUGACACAAGGAGCACGCACGUUCGAGAUUUCGGGUUUCUCCGGCUGUUCCAGAUGCUCGUUCCAAAAUCCAUUGAUUCCCCGGGUCCGGCAGUAGUGUAGGAUGUCUAGUCUAGAUGCUUGGGUCUUUUUUCACAUCGCGUACGUGUGAAUCAUCAAUGUGCAGUGUGCGCGCUGGUUGACAUGGAUAUCGGUGCGUGUAAUUACGCUGUAUCUUAUAAUGCAUAAUUCCGACACGCGCCAGCACGGAUGUACCAGGUAGUACUGUCUCCUGUCAGGUGCCUAACCUAACCUACCUUCCAUGGAUACCUGAGGCAGAUAACCUUUUGGGCAACAUGUAAUACAUCAUAUACCUCCGACCCAUUUACUCGC